GGUAUUGCAAAACAUCGUGCAAUGGAGAAAUUUGGUGCAAUACAAAUGCGGAACGUUUUGUAAGAUACCAAAAAUAGAUUCUCAGAACCGUAAAUCACGGUAUAAAAGGAAGGGAAACAGUACAGCAUACUUUCAAGGAGUUUCCACGUUUGUCAAGCGGAUUUUUAAAUACUUAUAUGGCAGUUCGCGCUCAGUUUGAGAACAAUAACGAAGUUGGAGUCUUUUCAAAGUUGACCAAUUCCUACUGCUUAGUUGGUAUUGGCGCGUCCCAGAGUUUUUAUAGUGUAUUUGAAGGGGAAUUGUCCGAUGUAAUACCAGUGAUACGCUCAUCAAUUGCUGGUUGCAGAAUUAUUGGUAGAUUAACUAUUGGUAAUCGACAUGGUUUACUAGUCCCCAACACAACGACAGAUCAGGAGCUGCAGCACAUUCGUAACUCAUUGCCAGACAGUGUGAAAAUACAGAGGGUGGAGGAACGUCUGUCUGCUCUGGGAAACGUUGUCGCUUGUAAUGAUUAUGUUGCUCUUGUACAUCCUGACUUGGAUAGAGAAACAGAAGAGAUUUUAGCUGAUGUUCUAAAAGUUGAAGUAUUUCGUCAAACCGUUGCUGGCAAUGUCUUAACAGGCAGUUACUGUGCUAUCACCAACCAAGGUGGCCUGGUUCAUCCCCAUACGCCAGUUGAAGAUCAAGAUGAACUGUCAUCCUUAUUACAAGUUCCUCUUGUGGCAGGCACUGUGAAUCGUGGAAGUGAAGUGAUUGGGGCUGGCAUGGUUGUUAAUGACUGGUGUGCAUUCUGCGGGCUCGAUACAACCAGCACUGAACUAUCUGUUAUUGAAAGUGUAUUCAAACUUGGUGAUGCACAGCCAUCAAGCAUCGCAACAACAAUGAGAGAUUCAUUAAUUGAGAGCAUGAAUUGAAAAUUAAGUUGGAUGGAUGAGUGUAUCUGGUGGUGGCAUUCCAAUCAUAAUAUGUCCAGGUAUUCUCACAUUUAUUGGAAUACAUUCAAAAUUUCAUAAAUCUUGUAAAAAGAUUGGUUGAAAUGAAAUUUCACUCACUGCCUAGUGUCAAAUACACAUUGUAACUUGUAUAAUAUAUGACGGCAUGGAAUAUAUGGAUACUAUUGGUCCGAAAAUAAAUUAAAAUGAA